CAAAAGACAUUCAUAAUGUAAUGAGCGAUAUGAUAUUUCCUGUUUGAUAUCUGUCUAAGUUAUCUGGGACACAAGAGCCCAGAGAAAUGCUGAGCAAAACUUCACAAACUAUUGCACUAUGCUCCUUCGCCAACUUCAUCAACUCGGCUGAUCGAGUCAUAAUGCCAAUUGCCAUUGUCCCAAUGACUGAUGAGUAUCGCUGGGACCUGCACGGCCAGGGCUGGGUACUCAGUUCAUUUGCUGUAGGAUAUAUGAGCAGCCAGGUGAUUGGUGGAAGUGGGGCAAAGAAAUAUGGUGGAAAAACUGUCCUCACCAUCGCUGUCCUCCUUUGGUCUUUCUCGACAUUCCUCGUCCCCUUCUUUGCUCAUUCUAUCAAUGCUCUCAUCAUGUCUCGAGUCUUACUUGGUUUGGGAGAGGGGCUAGGUUUACCAACAAUUUUCCACAUAUUUUCUCAUGCAAUACCAAGUGAGGAGCGAUCAAGAGCUUUUGCUUAUCUUGUGGCAUUUGGUUCAAUUGGCCAGACGAUGGCAUCUGUUAUUUGCCCUCACUUGUCAUGGCAGUGGAUGUUUUACUUGUUUGGCUCCCUGGGGGUGCUAUGGGUGAUGCUGUGGACAGUAGCAUAUAAAGAAGUGAGGGGUCCUUUUGAGGAAGAGUUUGUAGAACCACCAAAGGUAAAUAAUACAAAUGUUUCUUGGGGAGCCUUUCUCUGUCACUGGCCGCUCUGGUCCACAUACAUUGCACACUUCAGCAUGAACUGGUCCAACUAUAUAAUCAUGCAAUGGCUACCUACCUACAUGACCCGCAGUCUCGGGGCUGAUCAGAGCCAUAUCAUGUUUACCGCUGUGCCUUACUUAAUGAACUCUGUGGUAGGAAUGGUGGCUGGCCAUUAUGCAGAUUCAUUAAUUACACGUCACAAAUGGACAACUCUGUCUGUCCGGCGUCUAAUGACCAGUGUUGGACUCCUGGGGCCAGGACUAUUUAUCUUAUUUUUCAGUGCUGUCAAUAAUUUACCUCUUGCAGUUAUAUUUGUCUCCAUAUCACUUGGACUGAGUGCUUGUAACUCCUCGGGUCAUCUUAGUAACCACGCUGAGAUUGCUCCAAACCAUGCUGGCAUUACAUUUGCCAUAUCAAACACACUAGCGACCAUACCUGGCAUUCUUUGUGGCCCUCUCACUGCUGAACUUGUGAUGCAGAGCCACGGACGCUGGUUCCCUGUCUUUGUCAUUGCAGCAGGUGUCAACUUUGUGGGUGCCAUCAUUUACUUGAGUCAGAGUGCAGCUAGCCAAAUAUUAUAGCCAAAACUUGUGUUGGUAUCUUGGACCAGUAAUGCACUUUUUUAAAAGGUCAUUGGAGUAUGUAGUGUAACAGAUAAAAGAUCAUUGCUAGUCAUGUUUCGGAUAUUUUUUGUGGAAAUGAAGACUGAUAAUAUAUCAAUAUCAGCUGCUGUAUGUGAAUAAACAAUUUUUGAUUCAAGAGUCUGAAGGGUUGGUAAGCUUAUGCCAAGGUCACUUGUCCGUCAGUCAUUUAAACAUUUUUACUUUUGGUUUAGAGGUACCAAAAUUAUUUUAACAAAAUUUGUUGAAGAAAAUAGGACUGAACAGUGCAUAAACAAAAGAUGCUGCCUUCUCCAUUCCCUGGGUUAGGGUCUGUGGGAAAUUUGAUAUAUGGUACCAGUAUUAAGAUUCCUGUGAUAAUUGAGACACAGAAUGUUGUAUAGCAAAGGAAUGUUGAUGCAAUGGGGUAAAAGGAUGAAGUCCAUUUAGGAAAUAGAGGCUGAUAUUUUUUACAGUAGCAAAGAUUUUUACAAAGGAGCCUAGGAUCAAAGGAUCCUAACAUAAAACAGGGUGUCCAAUGAAAGAAAGUGCAUUCACGUUUAUGUUAAGACAUUUAAUGUUGUUUUAGUCUGGUCUUACCCUUUUUUGAAAUCAUACUUUUCAGCCGGUUUCAACAUGAUACUUUCGAUAUACAUGAACAUGCACUGUAUUUGACUUGAUAAGCAGGUGAGCUGUUCAGGCCCCAAGGGUCUUUUGUCUCUGAACAAUGCGGUAUCUUUGUAAGCCGAUUGAGUUUUGGCUUUGUGAUUUUUACUGUUGCUAUCUUAACAUUUGUUGACAUGUUUUCUGUCCACAUACAUUUUUUGCCCAUCGUCAUCAGAUGGUUGGCAAUUCAAAUCACCCUAUGUCUGUGGUCUGUCGUCCAUCCGAAAACAAUUUUUGUAUAUUUUUUGCAUAUUUUUUGGGAAUGUUUGAAAAAACAAAAUAGCCCACAGGUGGCCAUCUUGAAUUUCAUGUGUAUGUUUUCCUUGAUCCCAAGUUGUGCUUGGUUGAUUUUUAUACUGAUCAGAAAAAGAAAAUGGCCUACAGACAGCCAUCUUGGAAAUGGUAGGUACAGAUUAUUAUGGCUAUUUAUGCAAAGGAAUGUUCAAAUUUGUUAUCAAUUAGAGCAAAAACAUAGUAGAAAAGAGAAAAGAAGGAAAAAGACCAACUUUCAAAGGGCAAAUAAAGAUCAAACAACGGUGGGUGCCAAGAUCCCUCUGGGAUCUCUUGUUAUUAGUGUAUUUUGAAAAAAAUGGUGUAAACUGUGCUGUACUUAUAAAACCUGUAAAAUAAAUAAAUGAGGAAAUAUUAAGAAUGUGUACAGUAGAUAUAUAAACUGUUACUUGUAUGCCCAAAUGACAAUUUCUAUAUCUUGUAAGGAGUUGAAAGAUUGAAGACUCUGGAAGUUUACUGAGCAUUUGGUAUUGGGGAACAGAAAUGAAAUAUACAGCAGAAUACUCUGUUAUUUGUAUUAGAAGGAAAUGAAGCAUCUGUGAUAAUCAGCAACAAGGUUGCAUUUCUCUGCCAUUUGUCCUCUAGAUGAAACGUCAAUUAUAUAUUUUUUAAUCAUUGCAUGUGUGUGAGCAUUUGAGAAUUAUUUCUCGGUGUAUGAGAUUCUCAUCAUAUUUAUUUUUUAGUUAUUGGACUUCUGAUAUUUACAUGUUGUUUUAAAGACUUAAGUGAUUACAUAUGUUGAAACUUGGUUUGCCUUUUAGUGGUAAGUGUUAUGUGCGAUACUGAGUACCGAUUAGCAAUGCUUUAUGGAAUAAGUAAGAAUGUAAAUGCUUUGAAAAGCAUUUGAAGAAGCCAUUUCCUGUUCUUUGGUACUGUUUGAAAAUGUUUUUAGCAUUAUUAUUAAUGUUUUUUGUUUAUAAAAUUGCUCAGAAGUGUAACUUACGGUUUUAGUGGGCUAAUAGAAUCCCUAUAAAAUAUACGGGUAGUUUUAUUCAGAAAAAAGUUGUAAAACAGAAUUUAUGGAAUCAUGCUAUAGAAACACAAGAAAGAAUACAUUUAAUUUGAUAAAAAUUGGCAAGCAGGGUGAACAGAAUAAUGAAUCUUAUAUCAAUUUUAGGGAAAUCAUAUUUCAUAAUGUUCGGUGAAAGAAUAACUACUAGGGAGGCUUAUUUUGACUCUUUUUGUGAAUUAUCACUACAUUUUACACACCUCAGGUUUUUACAUAAAUAUAAUGAGUUAUUGAUAAUAAGUAUGAAACAAAAUCAGAUGCACUAUAUUUCUGAUAGAUUUGAAUUUGACAUAUAUGAACAUGUUUGUUUUAUACAAUUGAAAAUUCUAGUGAUUAUUAAACUGUAUCUACUAAGUUUCAUGAUAAAAAAACUAGUGUGGGCCCAAGCAGAAACCAAUCUUUUUCGUAAGCUUGCUUCUUCAGAAAAACAUUUUGCAUUAAGUUUUGUACUGGGCCCAAAAUGUGGAACCUUUCUCUUGAAUCAAUUAGAAAUGACUUUCAUAUGAGAGAGUUUAAACUGAAUUUUGAGAAUCAUACGUAUUUUGCUGAGGCACUGUUUUAGAUAAGUCGCGGAGAUAUAAGUGUUGAUAAGUUGAUUAUUUUCUUAAUUCUAUGUGUAUACUGCCUCUUUGACACCACAAACUUGUAAUUCAAAAUUGUGCUAAUAAAAAAAAAGCACAAAAAAAUGUUCACUUUUUCCUGUUGAAAAAAGUUUGCUGUUCAUUGUAUGUCAUAAAUGAUCACAUAUAUCUAUUGUGUUUCAAAAUUCACUCCACUUUUCUUCUUUAAAGCUAAUCUGUUUUUGCCUUAAGUCCUCAGUUAUUUUGACUUGACGCCUCUCUAUCUAUCUAUAUAUUAUCUAGUAAAUCACUUUUUUUCUGCAUUACCUAUUAUCACAAAUAAU